AUGUGGGCGGGAUAUCGAUCGGCGCCAAAUGAGUGCGCGCUUACUUAUCUUGCCAGUAAACAGACAGCACGCUCAGAGUGGAGAGGUGGCCACGGGAUGCAUACGCUGAUCGGGCUGUUUGUCGCUACGGCGGCGGCAUACGCCAUCGCAAGGCCCUCUGGCCCAACAGUAAAGACGGCUUUGCCGCAACUGCCGCACCGUUCGCCCAUUCAGCCACCACAGAGAUACCUGAAUGAGUACCUUAUGCCACGACUUCUAGUUCCUAACUACUUCGGCUAUGACAACACCAUACGAGCCAACCCUCCUCGAGACGAACACGAAUGGCUUAACAAGGAAAUUGAUCGUUUAACAAAAAUGGAAGAUGAAGCGGCGUUGAACCCGAUAGACCUGGAAUUUUCACGUUGGAUGUCUCAAGACCCGUAUGCGGAACGACCCUAUGAAGGACCGAUCAUACCACGUGACAUGCCGCGCUACAUGCCAGAUUCUCCCGUUGAAGAUGUUUACCCUCUUCUGUCUCCUAAAGAAGUAAUUUUACCUGACACUGUACCAGAAAAAGAAGAAGUAAAAUUACCAAAGACAGUUGAACCCAGGGCAAAGAAAGAGAAUUUCGCAAUGACACCCCUUGAUAAAGGUUUCUUUGAACCAGAAGACAAAGUUAUUCCCGAACAAGAUAUUGCAGAAUCUAGCGGACCACACGAAGGAGGACAAGCAAAUUUCAUAGAGGUAUCACCACCACGUCCAAUUCGACAGAAUCCUAAUUUGGGUAGAUCAAGGAACCUCGUGGCUGACAAUCUGGGCACUCUACGAACCGGACUCGCACACGACUCAACUGAAGGCACGGACAGACCACGGCACGUCCCCGUCUUGGAAAGCGACCCUGCCGAGCCCAUCUAUGGCGUAGCCCUGAUUGCUGCUUUUGGCACCGCUCUAACCAUGGCGGUCGUCGGUUUUGCAUUCGGAUGGUAUACCCUUUCAAAAAAAGCGAAAGCUGCCGCAGACGUUGACUAUCCUGCGUACGGUGUGACGGGACCAACUAUGGAUACUUCUGGUGACAGGAAACUAGCCCAUUCUGCUCAUAUGUACCACUACCAACACCAGAAACAACAAAUCAUAGCUAUGGAAAGGAAUGGUUUAGAACAACGUAACGGCUCUGUGUCAGACCCUGAGUCUGAGGAGGAAAAUGAGGAGGGAGACUACACCGUGUACGAGUGCCCCGGGUUUGCUACGACGGGCGAGAUGGAAGUGAAAAAUCCGUUGUUCUCCGAUGAUCCGACACCCGCAACCCCCGGCAAAUGUGAAUUGGUGAAGCCUCAACCAAAGGAUUAA